GAUACCAAAACUCAGCACAAAAGUGAACUAGAAAGUGGUAAGUUAAACUUUACCAAUUAUACACCAAACAAAGUGGGAGAAACUGAAGAACAAAACGAAUGCAAAAAAAAAAAAAAUGCAAAGAACGAGUUUGGGGAAACGAUUUGUAUUCACUUUUAUUCAUUUGUAUUCAAGCUUUUGAACGGAAAAUAAAACUUGAAUAACCAUUUCAAGAAGUUCAAGGAGUUCACGUGACCAUCAGUCAUUAAAGGAAAAAAAAACAAAAAUAAAUGCCAUUAAAAACAAAAUAUAUAUAUAUAAAUAAGAAAACGAGAAUAUAUAAAUGUGAUAAUAAAAAUCCGCCCAGUGUAUAAAAGGAAGCAACAAAUGCCCAAGAAAAUUUAAAACCUACAAAAACCUUCAAAAACCUUCAAAAACCUACAAAAACCUUCAAAAACCUUCAAAAACCUACAAAAACCUUCAAAAACCUUCAAAAACCUACAAAAACCUUCAAAAACGAAAGAGGGAGUGAAAGAAAUCCAAUAAUAUAGAGAGAGCCGCCGCUUGAGCACACUCAGUGAGCGUUUGAAAUUGACAUAGAAAGACAUAAUGGGGAGAAAACCUAUACAAAGCCGAGAAUAACCAGCAAAAAAGGGUGAAAGUAAAGGGGAAGCAGCAGUAAGCAGGGGGAAGCGAGGGGAAAGAGAGAGAGGGAGAGAGAGAGGGAGGAAAAGAGAGAGAGAGAGAGCAGACACAAUCCAAUACGACAUGACUAAAAUUGUACUGAAGAUAACCUCUUUGCAAAUAGGAAGAGGAGAGUAAUGGAACAGGAAGGAAUACGACAGUGGUAAUGGAACAGUUGACGCCCCAUUAUGGAACAGGGUAUGGAAGGGGGAUUGCAAUGGGUAGGUGAACAGUGACUCUUAAAAUAUAUUGAUAUAUAUAUAUAUCUGAAAAUAUUUGAAAUGCCUUGAGAAAGCAUAUAUCAUAAAAGUGGAAUAGAUUUGAGUGGAACAGUAGUAAAAAUGCAAGAACCUAAAUAGGUAAUGUGGAACAGAAGUGGAGGAGUUCCAGAGGAACUGGAACAGAUGUAAAACAUGGCGACCAUGGCUUUCAAAGCAAACAGUGAACACCUGGUACCACUGCUUUCAAAGCAAACAGUGAACAUGGCGCCAACGCUGUCACGGCAAACAGUGAAGCCCUUGUGAAAACUAGGGCAGAGGUGCACGGUCAACAGUGAAAUAUUAGUGACAGAAAAAAAAGUAAAUAAAAGAGUGAAAAUAUAAAAUAGUGAGAAAGAGAGAGGCGGAUGAGUGCCAUCUGGUGAGGAACAUGAGCACUAGCAGUGUGAAGUUAUCAUGUAAGAUUCUCAAGGUCAAUAACAGUGGCUGAACAGAAUAGAACACUAACCCUAAGUGAGGUGGCAAGUGAAUGAACAGUUGUAUAUAACAUGCCCCAAAAAGAACAAAUUAGACGAAAAGAUCAGCAGCCACAUAAAAACAGACACAGAACAAACAGUUAAGAAGAACAUCGAACCUGACCUUGGUGAUUGAACCUACUCCAGGAAGUGGUAAGCGGUGCAGCUGGCCACUUCCCCUGUGGAACCCCCUAGUGGAACACCCCUGUGGAACACCCUAGUGGAACACCCUGGUGAACACAAUGUUCCAGCCAGCAACUCUCAUCAACUUUUACCUUCUCUUGCUUGUUCCAACCCCACCUCACUAGUUCGACACUCUCUCACCCCCUCAGUGAACCCCUCAAAUACACUCAUCAAUCCUCCCCUCACCCUACCUUCAACACAUCAAUCCCCCCCUUCAUCUGCAGAACGCGCUCCUGUAUCUAUAUUGUGUUCCUUGCAGUACUAGUAUCUAGUCCCUAAAUGAAAUCCCAGUAUCUAUAUUGCUCUAUUAUAGUUGCAAAUCUUGAUAUAGCAUUGUAUAACCUGUAUACGCUGGUGUAGAUGUCAGUAAUCUCUCACUAAAUCAGUUUACACUGGUGUAGAUGUCGGUAAUCUCUCAAUAAAUCAGUUUACACUGGUGUAGAUGACAGUAAUCUCUCACUAAAUCAGUUUACACUGGUGUAGAUGCCAGUAAUCUCUCACUAAAUCAGUUUACACUGGUGUAGAUGUCAGUAAUCUCUCACUAAAUUAGUACCGCCAAAAACGCUAUAUUUCUACAAGUUUUUCACAUAAAAGCAUCACACUUUUUUGUAUUGCUGUUAGCUUGAAAUUAUCCUAUUCCUUUGUUUCUGUGUUCAUCUUAACGUGGUUUAUUGUCGUGCGCUUUCUACGCCUUUCUUUAGAGAUCUCAAGCAAGGUUUAAUCAACUUUCUUCCUGUUUGGAUUGUCGCUUUCUCGCUUUCCUCCAUUUGUUUGUUUUCUCUUUUUGUUUUCCUCUUAUCCCCUAGUUUCCUUUCUCAUUCUCCCCCUGAUUCAUUUCGAUUCCCUGUAUUUGCUCGUGUAUUUCUCCCUACCUCUCACAUAUUCGUGUCCCAGUCAUGUCUCUAACUUUUGUUUGGGACUCGUAUCUCUAACCCUUUCAUUCGAACGCCAUUGUCAUUUUAACCCCCUUCGAACCCUUCUGACAUUCGAGCCAAUUUAAGAUUCGAACCCUUCCACCAUUUAAACCUCGUAUUACUUGAACUCGUGUACCAUUUGAUCCCCCCCUCUACAAUUCGAACCCCUGUUUAUUUAGACCCACAAUAUUAUUCACAAUACCCGUUCAUGCUUCACAGAUGAGACGAGUUUAUUGACCCUAAUCUUGCUCUGGCUUUUCUAGGGACAGAUUCCAUCACACUCUCUCCUUCACUCCAACCUUCUCCCUCACACACACUCCCUCCCUGCAUCUCAUCCAUAGCCCUCUCCUCCCUCCUUCUCUCCAUCGCGCUACACAUGAUGGAUUCCCGAAAACUUGGAGAGGGUUACUGGCGCCGGCUGUGGCUGAUGGCUUCGUCUCUUCUCUGCCUCCUACGUACCGGACAGAAUCCCCAUGUUGGUGGCCUGGCGAGGGGUGUACUCCCCAGGGGAGCAGCUGGUGGCCAACUGCACAUCCCCAGGGGCCCGGCCGGCGCCCCGCCUCCAGUGGCUACUCAAUGGAAUAGAGUUGAAUCUUGUAAGUAUAUUCAUAUUAUUUGACGCUUGA